AUCUUCUUGGUUGAACUCAAACUUAAAAACCAAAUUGUUUGCUGAAUGAUUGGGCCACCUGUGAACUGAGACUUUAGAUGUAGUUUGUAAAAUCGUACUGAUACGGUUGUUAAAUAGUUUAUUAUAAAAUACAUUAUAAGUACCUACUUAUACUAGUUAUUAUGCUCUGGUUAUACUUAGGUAGGUAUAGGAUUGCAUCGACAGAAAGAUAGAUUUCGUAAAUUACGUUAGGCUAGGUUAGUAUAUAAGGCAGCUGAAGGAACUCAGUCGGGUGGAUGAAUAUAACAAAUCAUGCCAGUUUAUUGCGUUACCCAGUACACAUGUUUUCGUCAGUUUCGCUUUAUGAAACGUAAUGAAAGCAUUCUGUCACUCGCUGACACGGGACGUACAAUAGCGUACGUUUUGUAGAUCGUAGCUUGUGAUUACGCGACACUUUUCGCAGUCACUCGCACAAAAAAUACUUGGGGAAGUUACAAAAACACGUGAAUGUAGUUUCCGAAAUUAUGUAUAACUCUCCAAGGCCAACGACUCGCAUCCAUAUAAGGGCACACCAUCAAUCAUAUUUCCAACCGAAACGUGAAAUCCGAUCUGUGUUUUCGAUAAAAAAGAACCCUACAAAAUUUCGUUUACUCUCUGAAACCGUACCAAUUUACACACGUUACGCAGCGUUUUUAUUUAAACGGAAAAAAUGCACAUACUAAACGAAUUUAAUUUCGAUCCCUCGCCUGGGCGUUUUUCACCAUCAAUUAAUCCUUCAACAGUGUAGUGGUAUAAUAUGCAAACGGACACACAUAAUUUACAUUAGCCGUGCCGGUAAAAGCGCUAACAGGAAUGGUGCACAACUGUUUACAAACCUGAAGAGAAGCAUGGACACACCUUGACCAUCACCGAAUUGAAAACAAUGUGAUAGAGGGUGCUAGCUACGUGUAUAAAGAGUUGGGCGACAGCGGGGAGCGUUGGAGCGGCGAUGCGGGGCGCGCAGGAUGCUCAGGGCUGAUGGAAGACUCGUGGUCGUCGGGAGGGGCGCCGCUGCUGCGCACGCGCUCCCUGCCGCUGGUGCUGGAGGCGCCCAGUGGCGCCCCCACGCGGCACACCAAGCUCGACCCCAGGACGCUGCUCACGCUCACCCGGCACUACUACCCGGAGGGCGGCUGGGGCUGGGGCGUGGCGCUGGCGGCCACCCUGGCGCAGAUGCUGGCGCAUGGGCUGCAUCAGGCCUCCUCGAUCAUAGCGGUGGAGGCGGUCAGGAAAUUUGGGCCCGAGGUUCGGAUGCAGGCAGGUUGCCUGGGCGCGCUCUCAGCUGGGGUAGCCCUAGCCCUGUCUCCGGUGACAGUAGCCCUGUGCGUGCGCAAGUCCACUCGGGUCACGGCGGUGGUGGGCGGGCUGGUGGCCGCCCUCGGCUGCCUCUUCACCAGCUUCGCGACGCAGUUCCAUCAGCUGUUCUUCAGUUAUGGCACGGUGGUGGGCGUGGGGGUGGGCCUGACUCGCGACUGCUCCACGCUGAUGGUGGCGCAGUACUUCAAGCGGCGCCGCGAGCUCGUCGAGAUCUUCAUCGUGAGCGGCAGCGGGCUCGGCAUCGCCGUCAUGUCCACGUUCAUCAAGUGUGCCAUCAGGGCAAUAGGCUGGCGACUGGGUCUGCAAGCGGUGACAGGGGUGGUAUUCAUAACUUUCAUAUUGGGCACCUUCUACCGAUCCGCCUCGCUUUACCACCCGCAACGCCGGGCGAUCCUGCAUCUUAAGAACCAGAACAAAAUCAAGAGGAAGAUGAACCACAGGAACAAGACUGAUGACCGGCAGCCGUUCUUUGACUUCUCCACGCUCCGGUCCAAGACUGUGAGGAUCCUGCUUAUGUCGACGGGGAUAUCGGCGUUUGGGAUUAAUACGCCGAUAUUCUAUUUGGCGUAUCAUGCUGAGCAAGAAGGUCUCGGUGACACGGCGGAGCUCCUCCAAGCCUACCUCGGCCUAGCCUGGGCGGUCGGCUGCGCGGCCUUCGGUCUGCUAGUGCGGCAGAACUCGGCCGAGUGCCGCAUCGCCCGGCAGUACCUCACACAAGCCGCCGUCUUCGUCUGUGGCCUGGCGACCAUGGCGCUGACGGUUGUGGAGAGGUCUUACAGCGGCUACGUCAUGUUCGCUUGGAUCUAUGGCAUCUUCUGCGGCGGCUACCACUACUCGCUCAAGAUGUACACCUACGAGCGCGUGCGGUCGCGCAACUUCGCGCGCACGUGGGGAUUCGUGCAGUGCUCGCAGGCUGUGCCGAUCGCUAUCGGGGUGCCUUUGACAGGCUACAUCUCGGUGGGCUGCGGCGGCAAGUCGGGAUACUACUUCAGCUCCACGUGUUCGCUGAUUGGCUCGCUGUCUCUCUUCUGCAUCGACCUGCACCGGCGCAGCGCAGCGCAUAAACACACCAAAGAAAACGGCAACGGAGUGAACUGUGAGACGGCGUGCGGGCCUCCGCGAAGCCGCAGCCACGAGCGUGACCCGCGCCUCGGCCCCGGCGCCAACACCGCUCUAGAAGUGGCGAUCCCUCGCGGCCGUGACUUAUACCUGGACAGCAUUGGCCCGGGCAGCCUCGGCUCUCCGCCCCCCAACGUGCCUCCCGAGCUGACCUGCAUCAGCGAGGAGGGGGGCCUGGACCUGGACCUGGAUCUGGACAUACCUGAGCACCUGCUGGAAGAGCUGGAGUGCGGCGGCGACUGUAUUACUAGCUGCAAUAAGGUUGAAAACUACCUAAUGCUGAGCGAGUAUGAAAACAACUUAAUCGCGGAGCUUCCGAACAUCAACGAGCGUCGCGGCCGCCGCUGGUCCAUCGUGCUGUCCAACUCCAACUCUCCACAGCGGGAGUGCCAGAAUCCCGACUGCCAGAAGACCCAGGAGGAACUCAACAAAAACACGGUCAAGUGGAAGAAGAAGUGCCAUAAUACCAAUAACAGACUGAUUACAGUGAUCAAUGAAGCGUCGCUUUAAAGCGCUCUGUAAACGAUCGAAGCUUGGGAAAGUUUGUUUGUCAGAUUUCACGUCCGAUGUUGGUGUGUUUGACAAAUUUUGUUUAUCAGAUUUCACGUUUCCAUUGUUGGUGUGUUUCACAUACCCGGCUAAACAGCAUCAAAUGAAAUCAUAAACAUCAAAAAUUUUACAAGCCAUUUGAUUGUUUGCAGGGCUCUCUAAACGGGAGUGUAGAGAUGAAAUUAAUGAGACAAUAAUUAAAAGUAUUGUCUACCCGACCUAUUUAACCUCAGUAAUUUAUUGUGUGUGAAUAGUAGCAUUUGUGUAUUGUCAAUAUAAUUUAUUAGAUUUUAUUAUUA